AUGCCCAAGGUGCCAUGGAUGCGGAGAACCUGGCCAGGUGUCUGGGUUCUCCUGGGCGUUGCGAGCAUAGCAAGCACGGUGACGGUAUCCGCAUGGGUGGCACGCAUGUCCUCCACAUCUCUGUCCUACACCUCGCGCUGGACUUUUGAGACGUCAACAAUGGCGUUGUGGUCGUUCACGUUGAUCGCCGCUCCAUAUCACCAGCUGUCGUGCUUCCAGUCGCUUACUGUCUGGUCCACUGUCGCAGCCGAAUGCCACUCCGCUCUUGCAUGGUACAUGUCUCACGCUGCGACGCAAGAGCAUGCACUCCGCAGUUCACUCUCCACUCAUGAGCUCGAUGGUCCCUGUCGGACCUAG